CGCGCGCACACACACACAGAGCCCGUCCUCCAAGUCCGCCGAGCGGCGCACACACGUGCCCGCAGUUUGCCGGCUGGCUCGCUCGUUCGUUCGCUCCUGCCGACUGGUAUGACUUAAACAGCGCUGGAGAGGACUUUCUACUGCCUGAUGCAUUAGAGCUGCUAAAACUCCCUCCCUCCCUCUCCGUCUCCGUCUACCCCUCCCUCCCUCCGUCUUCGUCACUCACUUUAUUCCAGUCCAACAUGUUUCCUGAACGAUGCUACAGCCUACAUGCCAAGCUCUUCUCCCAGUACAUCGGCUGCGGGCAGCUUCUGUGAAUUUCAAAGAGGAGCUACGGACGAGGAGCGGGCACGGCAGUCCCACUCCGAUUCCAUGUGGCGAGGGGCAAUGCGAGGGAGACGCUAUCUGCAGAACAGGACUGAGAGCGCGGCCGGGAAACAGAAGUCUACGGACUGGCUCUACGAGUCGUACUACUGCAUGAGCCAGCAGCAUCCCCUGAUUGUGUUCCUGCUUUUGAUUGUGAUGGGUGCCUGCUUGGCUUUACUGGCGGUGUUCUUUGCGUCUGGACUGGAUAUUGAAGACCACGUGGCGUUUGUAAUCACCGUGCCCACGGCUCUGGCGAUAUUCCUGACCAUCUUUGUUCUGGUUUGCAUCGAGUCGGUCUUUAAGAAGCUGCUGCGACUUUUCUCUUUGGUAAUCUGGGCCUGCCUUGUUGCCAUGGGAUACCUCUUCAUGUUUUUUGGAGGAAUCAUCUGUCCUUGGGACCAGGUCUCCUUCUUCUUGUUCAUUAUCUUUGUGGUCUACACCAUGCUGCCCUUCUCCAUGCGGGAUGCUGUAAUUGCCAGCGUGCUGACCUCUUCUUCCCACACCAUCGUGCUCAGCAUCUGUUUGUCAAGCACAUCUGUGACAAAGGAGCACCUGGUAUGGCAGAUCCUGGCAAAUGUUAUCAUCUUCAUUUGUGGAAACCUGGCAGGUGCCUACCACAAGCAUUUAAUGGAGCUGGCUCUGAAGCAGACCUACCAGGAUACCUGCAACUGCAUCAAAUCUCCCAUCAAACUCGAGUUUGAAAAACAGCAACAGGAACGCCUCUUGCUGUCUUUGCUUCCAGCCCACAUUGCCAGGGUGAUGAAAGAUGAAAUCAUUCAGAGGCUGAAGGGCCCUAAUUGUGGUCAGCUGGAAAACACAAAUAACUUCCACAACCUUUAUGUGCAACGGCAUACAAAUGUCAGCAUUUUGUACGCUGACAUUGUGGGAUUUACACGCCUAGCUAGUGACUGUUCACCAGGGGAGCUGGUUCACAUGCUCAACGAGCUGUUCGGCAAGUUUGAUCAAAUCGCAAAGGAGAAUGAAUGCAUGAGAAUCAAAAUUUUAGGAGACUGCUACUACUGUGUAUCUGGCCUACCAGAAUCUCUACCCAACCAUGCUAAAAACUGUGUGAAAAUGGGCCUGGAUAUGUGUGAAGCCAUCAAAAAAGUAAGGGAUGCAACAGGAGUCGACAUAAAUAUGCGAGUUGGAGUGCAUUCUGGGAAUGUGCUUUGUGGAGUCAUUGGACUGCAGAAGUGGCAGUAUGAUGUGUGGUCACAUGAUGUUACAUUAGCCAAUCAUAUGGAAGCUGGUGGAGUGCCAGGGCGAGUUCACAUUACGUCUGUUACGCUGGAGCAUUUGAACGGAGCUUACAAAGUUGAAGAAGGACACGGACAUAUCAGGGACCCCUACCUGAAGGAACAUGGUGUCAAGACAUUCCUGGUCAUAAAUCCAAAAGGUGAAAGACGAAGUCCACCGUACCACCACAGGCCGAGACACACGAUGGAUGGAGCCAAGAUGAGAGCGUCUGUGAGGAUGACACGAUAUCUGGAGUCUUGGGGAGCGGCCAAGCCCUUUGCUCACUUGCAUCAUCGAGACAGCAUGACAACGGAAAAUGGAAAAAUCAACACCUCUGAUGUACCUAUGGGCCAGUACCACUUUCAGAGACGUUCAGAAAGAACAAAAUCUCAGAAAAAGAGAUUUGAAGAAGAGUUGAAUGAACGAAUGAUUCGAACUAUUACUGGAAUAAAUUCACAAAAGCAAUGGUUGAAGUCUGAGGACAUACAAAGAAUAUCUCUGUUUUUUCAUAAUAAGUCCCUGGAAAAAGAGUACAGAGCGAUGACGCUGCCAGCCUUCAAGUAUUACGUCACUUGCGCUUGCCUGAUAUUCUUCUGCGUCUUCAUUGUACAAAUUCUGGUGCUGCCCAAAACUCCAGUCCUGGGAAUUUCCUUUGGAGUCGCCUUCCUUUUGCUGUCAUUUAUCCUUUUCAUUUGCUUUGCCGGCAGUCUCCUGCAGUGCAGCAAAAAGGCCUCGGCCUCCCUGAUGUGGAUCCUGAAGUCAUCUGGAAUCAUUGCUAAUAAGCCCUGGCCAAGAAUCAGCCUCACGGUGACGACGACAGCUCUGAUUUUAAUCAUGGCGGUUUUCAAUAUGUUUUUCUUAGAGGAUGACCUGACCUAUGCUGUUCCUGCUUUUAACUCUUCUAACCUGACUGUAAAUUAUUCUAACGGGCAGACUCCGACAUUUUUGGAGAAAAACAACUUCUAUCUUCCAUAUUUUAUAUACAGCUGCAUCCUGGGCUUGAUAUCCUGUUCAGUGUUCCUGCGGAUAAACUAUGAACUGAAAAUGCUGAUCAUGCUUGCAGCAGUCGUAGGCUACAACGUCAUCAUUCUUCACAGCCACUCCUCUGUUUUGGAUGAAUACAGCAAGUUUCUAUAUAAAACACAAAUAAUGGAAAGGCCAGGUGUCCUUAAGGAUCUCAAAACAAUGGGCUCAGUCUCACUCUUCAUAUUCUUUGUUACUCUCCUUGUGCUGGCAAGGCAGAAUGAAUAUUACUGUAGGUUAGACUUCCUCUGGAAGAACAAAUUCAAAAAGGAAUGUGAGGAGAUCGAAACCAUGGAGAACCUGAAUCGAGUCCUCCUGGAGAAUGUGCUUCCUGCCCAUGUUGCCGAGAACUUUUUGGCACGGAACUGGAAAAACGAGGAUUUGUAUCACCAGUCGUAUGAUUUUGUCUGCGUUAUGUUUGCUUCCAUCCCGGACUUCAAAGAAUUUUAUACGGAAUCAGAUGUCAAUAAAGAAGGCCUGGAGUGCUUGAGGCUGCUGAAUGAAAUCAUUGCAGACUUUGAUGAAUUGCUAUCCAAACCAAAGUUCAGCGGAGUGGAGAAAAUCAAGACAAUUGGUAGCACGUAUAUGGCGGCCACAGGAUUGAGUGCAUCAUCAGGAUCUGAAUAUAUCCAGGAGCAUGACAGACAGUAUAUGCAUAUCGGGACUUUGGUAGAGUUUGCUUUUGCCCUUGUGGGAAAACUCGACGUCAUUAAUAAACAUUCCUUCAACGACUUCAAGCUCAGAGUGGGGAUUAAUCACGGCCCUGUGAUCGCCGGUGUGAUCGGAGCGCAGAAGCCGCAGUAUGACAUCUGGGGAAACACGGUCAACGUUGCAAGUCGGAUGGAUAGCACUGGGGUGCUUGGAAAAAUCCAGGUAACGGAGGAAACCAGCAAGAUUCUGCAGAACCUGGGAUACAUGUGUACAUGCCGAGGAAUCAUCAACGUCAAAGGAAAAGGAGAACUGAAGACCUACUUUGUCCACACAGAGAUGACCAGGUCACUUUCACAAGGCAACGUAGUGUCCUGAGGGUCACACGUGCCCACCGUAUCUGGCCAGAUGUCCCAGAGACUAGCCCGCCAUCUGUAAAUUACUUCGCUCUGUCCUUAGAUGCACGAAUUUCAGCUAUGUUGUGCCAGUGGUAUCUUACACCGAGAGGGGGCCCGGAUUCGAAGACAAAGACGUAGACAACAACAACAGUUUUGUAUGGCAAAGGUUUACAGAGGGUGGGGGG